UCCUUGAGAUGCUGGAAAAAACCACUGAAUGCGCAAAAUAGGAAGUUCCAGGCAAAGGACAGAGAAAAUGUUCCUCUUGUAAAAGAGCCUUGUCGAGCAGGCAAGCAAGUGCAGAGUUUUCUCAACAAUGGAUGGCAAGGCAAAUGUGAAGUCCAUCAUGGCGAAGUUUAAUAACAACGCAGCUGAGGGUGUUCACUGCCAUCAGGUCAGAACUGGGGCGCACCCUCCUUUGGCUAAAAAAGCAGCCUUUGAGAAGUUCACCCAGCUUGAAAAUGCUAGUCUGUCUUCCAAACCUAACAGCUUGUGCAAGCCUACAUCACUUAAAUUGCCUCCAAGCACAAAACCUGGUGUUCAUGAUGCAUCAGGCAAGGAUUUUAAAACGCCACCUUUGCAAAGCAAUCCUGUGGCCAGCAAGGUGAAGAUGCUAGCCGAGGCUGCUAGCCGAGAAGCUAAUGAAAAAACUACUUAUCCAAAGCCUUUGGCUCUCAAGAUUUCUGAAGGACUAAAAGAAGAAACCAAGCCAGUGUUCCCAAAGAUUCCUGAGAAGAAACUACCUGGCUCUCCUCUGCAGAAGAGCGAACUAAAGCCUUUAGAUCAGAGGUUCCUCAAACCUGAACCCCGAGGAAGUGAAGCAAAGCCUGCCUUUCCCACGGUCGCUGGAGUUAAAGAAAAAUUCAACAGUGCUGCACAGGAAAACAACUCCAAGCCUCCUUUUCCAAAGCCACCUGUUAAACAAAAACCAAGUCAAAGUUUCACCCAAGGUGAAGAAGUUUCCAACAAAAGUGCUAGUUUCAAUCAAGUGUCAUCAAGUUCCAGUGCCAUCAACUCGAAAGCUGGUUCCAUCCGACCCCUCAAAGAUCCACAGGACAAGAUCAGAAAUGAAACACAUCCCAUCAGCCCUUUCCCACCUUUGAAACCUGUCAGCAACCAGAACAACCUGCCUCAAAUCCCCACUAAACCUGUUGGGCAGCAGAAUGAAGAGGCAAAACCAAAACCCAUCAAGAAUAUUUUCCUACAAAACAAGCAAGAGGAUUCUGGAUCUACGUCUGGUACCGUUGCUGCUAAAUUGGCCAAUUCAUCUCGAACAGUUAAGGCAGGACCUUGGGCCAAUAAUAUUGGAAAAGAAGACAAAGACAAAGACAAGAAUUUGCCCAAACGAAAAACACUACCUUCAAUAAUUGCAUUGGGACAAGCCCCACAGAAGCCUAACAGGCCUCCCACAGUUGACCUGGAAAAAUUCAGGAAAAGUCAUGGGGAAGGUUCCAGCUCAUCCAAUUCAGCGGGUUUGCCUCCCCCACUUCCGCCACCCAUUCAUGCCACACAGUCUACAGAUUUAUCAUCACCUCCACCUCCUCCUCCACCUCCUCCAGGUUUCCGUCCAUCAACACAAACUCCUGUUCUCCCCCCAAGGGGGAACAUCCCAUCCAGACCUGAUUUCAGAGGCCAAGAAAAUGAAGAAAAUUAUGAUGAUGUUGGAUUUGGUUCAGAAGAUACUGGAAAUGCAGAUGAAAACAGUGAUGGAGAAAUGUAUGAAGACAUAAAUGAGAUGAGAUUUACACCUCAAGAAGAGGGAAAAAAGAAAGAGAAGGAGGAAAAGAAAAAAUCUGAUCAAAAGAAAGAACAAAGGGAUAAGGAUAAAAAGGAGCAAGAACUCAGAAAGAAAUUCAAGCUAGAAGGUCCCAUUGAAGUUAUUCACCAGGCACGAGCUUCCACAGACUUCAAAGGAGGAAAGUAUGAUCUGUCAUUCAAACAAGGAGAUCUAAUUGAAAUACUUCGUAUCACAGACAAUCCAGAAGGGAAAUGGUUAGGAAGAUUAAAAGACUCAUAUGGCUACAUUAAAACUACCAUGGUGGCAAUUGACUACGAUACAUUAAAAAGGAAGCCACGGCCUCCCGUGCACGUUCAGUCAAAGCACCCAGACAGUGAUCAAGAAGUAUAUGAUGAUGUUGGAGACCAAGACAGUAUCAGCAGCGGAAGUCAGAGUGCCGUGGGAGGGUUUCCGCCACCUCCACCAGAUGACAUUUAUGAUGGAGUAGAAGAUGAUGAGAUUCCAGCAAAAUCUGUGUCACAGGAUGAAGAGAAGAGUGACACCUGGUCCAAGGGGCUUUUGAAGAUUUUAAAGGGAAAAGAUUACCAAAAGAAAAGUAUGCGAGAGGCACCAUCCAAAAUCAGUGUGACAGAAGAUGAAAAUUCCUUAAGAAGUCCUUCAGCAAAACAAACAGGGAAGGAUUCUGGAGACAGUGAUGUUUACGAUGAUGUUGAAUCCACUGACUUCCCUCUCCCACCAAAAGAAAUUAGCCUCGGGAAAAAUAUAAAAUCUUUGAACUUUGGGAGGGGCAAAUCUGAUGAACGUGAUUCACAGAAGUUUAAGAAGAUUGACAAAGAAGAGAAAGAUUUUCGGAAAAAAUUCAAAUAUGAAGGUGAUAUUCGAGUUCUGUACACUACUACCGUAUCUAAAGCACCAUCCCAAAAGAAAAGAGGUUCCAAAGAUUUGCAAGUCAAGCCAGGAGAAGUGGUUGAGGUUAUUCAAGAUGUGGAUGAUACUAAAGUGCUUUGUAGGAAUGAAGAAGGAAAAUAUGGCUACGUCCAAAGAAGCUGUCUAGCGCAUGAUGAUGAAGAAAUAUAUGAUGAUAUUGCAGAGGAUUUAUAUGACAAUGAUUAGCUCCAGGCCUCAUCUUGGCAGACCACAUCUUUUCUGAUUGGUGGAUACAAGAGAGAAAGUUAUUAUUCAGAUUUAGGAUUUAUGCGUAUGUACAAAAGAUUUGGUUAAGCUAUCCCACCAAUUUCUGGACUGUGAAGCAGGUUUUAUCACAGAAGCAUGAUAAAAUUACACAAAUAUGUUCUUGAUUUGCAACCAUCAGCCAAAUCUUCAAAUCGGGACGUUAUUAAAUCAAUGUUGGGUGUGGGAUAACUUGACAGCUUUCUUCUAUAAAUCCCUCAACACAAUCCCAAAUAUUCUAUUUAGCGUUCUACAGAUUAAAUCAGCAAUUUGCAUGUACAAUACUCCUUCUCAUAUUCAUACAAUGGGCUUUGGAAAUAUCCCAAUCUGCCCACAGACGUGAUACCUGUCCUUCAUAUGUUCUGUGUUAUUUUUAUCUAGUCAUCGUACCACAGAACCAUUGAAUUGGAAGCAGCCAACUAAUUUAACCUGCUAUUGAACCUUUUUUGUAAUAUUCAGGCAGAAUCUGCCUUCCUAUAACUCAGAAAUGGGCCACCAAUGUCUUGCAGUUGUGCCUCUGAAAUUCAAUGGGAAAACAGCUAAAUUUCAGAAGCAAAGUUUCAGCUUGUUUGUUUUUUAGAUUUGGGAUGGUUUUAAGAAUAGAAAUGAAAAGGGUUUAAUUUUAGGAGGAUUUCUGUUCCCAUCUCCAUCCUUAAAAUCUCCCCAAAAGCUAAAAAAUGAGCCAUGCGUCCUCUGGUAAUGUCACAUUAUUGGAUUGCCUCCUGUGGAUCUUUCAAAAAUUGAGAUGUGGCUAUUCUCCCUUCAAACAUUGUUCAUCUCCAUUUGAAAGUUAAGACAAGUCUUCCAUUUUACACUAGGAUGAUAGAGAGCAGAACCUGGCUUUUUAAAAGCUCAACAUCCCUUCCAGUAUUAGAACAACAGUAUCAUUUUCCCUCAGUUUUCUCACAGUCCCUCAAACCUGUGAAAGUCCUUUCAAAAUGCUUGUUGCCUUUUUAUUCACCUAUCUGAAUUUGUCUAAAUCUUUCUUUAAAAAUGACUAUCAAAACAGGAAAAAAGCACAAAACUGGUAGUAAUUCUCCACCUCACUUUUUUUGUUUUAAAGAAAAGACGGUUGCUACCUCAAAUAGUAGCAAUUUUUAAAAAAACGUUUUAUCCCUUCUGAAUUUCCUGACUUUUCAGGUACUGUAUAUUUGGGCUCCUUCUGUAUAUAAAUAAAAGUUAACCUUUUAUUUCAGUGUCCCAAAUCUUCGAACAGAAUAUUUUCUGAAGGGGGAAAAAAGAUGCUCUGAUUUAGCUCCCCCUUUAAGGGCCUUUUCGGUAGAACAAUUCUAUGUUAAAGAAUAAUGCACAAUAUUCUAAAAAAGUUCACCCCAUAAAUUUUCUUAAAGGCAUUAUUAUACUGUCCUUGCAUUUUACUUCAUCUUUCUUAAUGCCCCCCAAAAUAAAAUUGGCUUUUUUGAGAACAGCUGUACAAACCAGCCAAACAUAUUUUACUAAUAAAGGAGAAUAUUUGUAGCUCAGGGUUGAAAUGAGGGAUCCUUGGUGCUCUCUGAACAUGCUUGUUUUCUUGCAGAGGUUUCAUUACCCUAACUAGAAAACUACAUCAGCUAGUAGCACUGAUGAUGUUACUUAGUUAGGGUAAUGAAACGUCUGCAAGAAGACAAGCAAGCUCAAAGAGCACCAAGGACCCCUCAAACAUAUUUUAAUCUAGCAUUCAGUAUAUUUUGGAACUUUGAAUUAAAUGAUUGAGUUAUUCACAGGAAAGUGAUCAAUGACAACUAUCUACUUAUCUGGCAAUAAUGUGGGAUACAAUGAAUCGUACUUCACCUUUAUCUUGAGAACCGCAGAUUCUCUUUCUCGAUCUUACUUGGUCAGUUGUAUUAUUAUAUAUUGUAUGUAUAUAAUUCUGAUAAAUAAAUAGUUAUCUCCUUCCUCCUCCACCACUAAGAGAAUUGUAUAGUUCUAGGGAACUUUCACACAAGGGAUUUGUAUCACUUCAAGGCCAGCGCCAGAAACCAAACCUAUCUGGUUUCACAUCAUCAUCUAAUUUGGGAAAAUGAAUCAAGGUAUUUCUGAUUCUGCUGUUUUUCUUGAGAUUAUUGGCAAAGUGGCACAGUAUUUUUCAAAUUGCUACAUCACUACAAACCUAACAAUGAUUCUGUUUUUGCAUCUGUCUCCUGAAUUCAAGCCAGUCAUAACUUAUUCCUCUACCCCGUGUCAAACUCGUGGCCCGCAGGCCGGAUGUAUCACAUACUGGUCAUGCCCACCGCCAUUUUAGCGAAGGGGGAAAACAGGUCAUAAUACAUCACAUGACUACAAUGCGAUGUUGUGAGUUUGACACUCCUGCUCUACCAUAUCCCUGAAGCUCAGCAUCCUGUUCCUGGAGUUGGUCUCUUCCUUUAUGUUUAAAAUAUAUUUUAGAACUUUUUUUCCCCCCUUGACUCUUCAAGCCUCACUGCUAUUGGGGAAAGCACCCAACUUCAAAAUUGCCGGCAUUAUGAUCAUUGCACUACACGUUUUUAAAAUGUAAUAGAGGAAUGCCAGUAAAACACAUAUGGGAAACUUUGGGAAAAGUUUUUGUUUUAUGUUUUUAAUAAUCAACAUUCCUUCAUAUAGCUGCCCACAAUAGCAAAUCUCCACAAAAUGGAGAUAAAUAUAUGUACUAAAAAACACAGAUGGGGGAGAAUAUAUAUUUUUAUGUGAAACUGAACCUCAAAGGUUAUUUGUCAUUCUAAAGUCAGCAGAAAUGAAAAUGAAGGUUGGAUUCAAAAUGAUUUCUGAGGGACUUGAAAUUGAAAAUAGUUGUAACACAGAAGUGCCUUGUGCAUACUAUUUAUUUUCUUCCACAAAAUCUCAUUUCUUUUUUUCUCUCUCUCUUCUUCACAUUGCAUUUUACAUGCUUUCUGCCUAUUUUUCUAAAAGAAAUGGUGUAACUGGCAGUAGAAUCUUAAUUCCCUUUAAGAGUGCCAUUGGUCUGUAUCAUUCCUUAGACUUGUAGGUAAACAUCAAAUCUAGAAUAAACUUUUAGUGAAGGUAUUAAGAAUGUCGCUUUUGAAUUCUUAAUGACACAUUCCUGUGAUUUGUUUUCAAUUUAUAAAUAAGAGUGAGAAUUUUGCUUCUCACCACUACUUUUCUUCAUUUUCUCACUCACUUCCUAAAAAUAGAAAUUCAGACCCAACAAUUUCUGCAAAGAAAAAAAUUAAAAUUAAUUAAAAAAUUAAUCUCUUCAACCUCAUUUUCUUCCUAUUUUUGUUUUCUUAUUAGCUAACAGUCUUGCUUGCUUUUGAUCUAUUUUAGAUCAACAGUAAUUAACGGUUUAGUGUUAUUGGCAACAUACUUCUUGCCUUCUCUGGUUUCUUCACAUUUUUUUUAAAUUUGAUUUUAUAUCCCGCCCUUCUCCGAAGACUCAGGGCGGCUUACACUGUGUUAAGCAAUAGUCUUCAUCCAUUUGUAUAUUAUAUACAAAGUCAACUUUUAUUGCCCCCAACAAUCUGGGUCCUCAUUUUACCUACCUUAUAAAGGAUGGAAGGCUGAGUCAACCUUGGGCCUGGUGGGACUUGAACUUGCAGUAAUUGCAAGCAGCUGUGUUAAUAAAAGACAGACUAGUCUGCUGAGCCACCAGAGGCCCCUUCAAUUGGACAUGGCUUCUACAUUUUUUUUCAAUGGGCUAUAACAGAGACACAUUUUCUAAGAACAAAAUGGCUGCAGGAUUCAGGAUUUAGAGACUGAAAGUAACCAAACCCAUUCCACAUGUCUUGUCCAACCCUUCUAGGUGGGCCUUUUUGUCAGCAAAAACAUAAGGCAGAACAGUUUUUGUUGUUAUGGGGUUUAAGCUCAAACAAAAGGAAUCCCAGAAUACUUUUAUGUGGGGAGUAAAAUAAGACUGGUAUGUGUCAGCUCCUCUUUCCCCUCAACAGCUCCCAGCACAGCAGAUUGUAAAGAAUGAAGCUGGCAAGGCAAGAACCAGCAUAGAAAGAACCCUUGUGAUCCUACUGAACAAAUCCUUCCAAAUCUGAGUGUUGUGAAGAAAACAGUCAAAAAAACCUAGACUUGUAAUGGAGAGCUAGAGUUUUAUUUCUACUUUCAUUUCUACGUACUGCAGUGGACAGAUCCUUUGGGCAUAUACUGUAUAGAUUCAUUCUUAUUUGCAAUCAAGCCAUAUCAUGUCAAGAGUUUCUGCAUUAAGCAGACUGUGGUCUUCAGUGUCUGAAGAACUGAGAUUUAUUGGUGUGUCCGACAUGAAGACUGACAACUCACUCGCCCAUCCAUCUCAAAAUUUCCAGCACCAAACCUCAUUUCCUCCACUCUGUCUGCCAAUGUCCCCAAACAGUACAACAAUACAACCUUCUGGCCUGCAACCUUCCCUAAUAUUAUUAUUAUUAUUAUUAUUUAUUAUAUUUGUAUACCGCCCAUCUCCCGAAGGACUCAGGGCGGUUCACAGCCAAAGAAACAACAGAAAACAUAUAAUACAUAUAAACAGCUAAAAGAAUAGACAGUUAAAUUCAAUUGAUGCCCUAAAAGUGCUGGUUACUACCUUUAAAGGUGCUGGUUACUACCUUUAAAGCGCUCCAUGGCUUAGGGCCUGGGUACUUACGGGACCGUCUGCUGUUACCACAUGCCUCCCACCGACCCGUACGCUCUCACAGAGAGGGACUUCUCAGGGUGCCGCCAAGCAAUGUCGGCUGGCGGCCCCCAGGGGAAGGUCCUUCUCUGUGGGGGCUCCCACACUCUGGAACGAACUUCCCCCGGGUUUAUGCCAAAUACCUGACCUUCGGACAUUCCGUCGCGAACUGAAGACACAUCUUUUUAUUCGCGCGGGGCUGGCUUAAAUUGAAUUUUAUUAAAUUUUAAAUUCUUAUUAACUAAUUUUAAAUGGGGUUUUUAGUUCAUUGCAUAUUUUUACUUUUCAGGCCAAUUUUAAAAUAAGUUUUUUAAUUGCAUUUUAAAUUGUAUAUUGUACUGUCUGUUUUAUUUUUGCCUGUACACCGCCCUGAGUCCUUCGGGAGAAGGGCGGUAUAAAAAAUCAAAUAAAUAAAUAAAUAAAUAAAUAAAUAAAUAAAACUUUUAAAUACAAAUUUAAAACCUCAUUUAAACCCCUUUUUUAAAAAUCCCAAUUUAAAAACUACGUUCAAGCUAGUCCUGCUCUUCGAAACAGCAACGUCUUCAGCUCGCGGCGGAAGGACCUGAGAUCGGGGAGUUGACGAAGCCCCAGAGGGAGCUCGUUCCAGAGGGUAGGGGCCCCCACAGAGA